UGUGGUGUGACUACGGGCCUGUCACACGUUUUGCUUGUCAUUCGCACAGCUAACAUUAAGUUCAACGGUUUCUUAAUCCACCAAUAUGGGUGACGAUGAAGAAAAGUAUGACGGCAUGUUGCUUGUUAUGGCGCAACAACACGAAGGAGGGAUACAAGAGUUAGUAAACACAUUUUUCAGCUUCCUCCGCCGCAAAACUGAUUUCUUCACCGGUGGAGAGCCAGGUGCCGCAGAGAAGCUAGUCAAAGAUGCUCUCACCCACCACAGUCAGCUAGCGCUGCAGUCCCACAAAGAAAAGCAGAUGAAACAGGAGAAGGAAAAGAAAGAGAAAGCCAAAAGAGCUGCCAAGCUAGCAGAGGAAGAGAAAAAAAAGAAAAAUGACGACGGCCCCAGAAUUCAGGAGCUGACUGAUGAAGAAGCGGAGAAACUUCAAUCGGAACUUGACCAGAAAAAGAAAGAAGAGGAGAAAAAGCAGACUGCUACAACAAACACAGAAAAGUCAUCUGACAAAGUAGAAAAAGAGAAGGGGUCCGACUCAGAUGGAGAAGAGGAUGAGAAGGACAAAGAUAAACUGAAGCCCAACGCAGGAAACGGAGCUGACCUGCCAAACUACAAGUGGACACAAUCCCUGUCUGAAGUUGAUCUGGUCGUGCCUUUUGAUGUGAAGUUCCGCAUAAAAGGGAGAGAUGUAGUGGUCGACAUCCAGCGGCGCUCCAUCAAGGUGGGCCUGAAGGGACACCCUCCGGUUAUUGACGGCCAGCUUUGCAACGAAGUGAAGGUAGAAGAAAGCUCCUGGCUCCUUGACGACGGCAAGGUUGUUACGGUCCACUUAGAAAAGAUUAAUAAAAUGGAGUGGUGGAGCCGGAUUGUUACUACAGAUCCAGAAAUUAACACCAAGAAAGUCAGUCCGGAGAACUCAAAGCUGUCAGACCUGGACGGAGAGACCCGUGGUAUGGUGGAGAAGAUGAUGUAUGACCAAAGGCAGAAAUCAAUGGGCCUGCCUACAUCUGAAGAGCAGAAGAAACAAGACAUUCUUAAAAAGUUUAUGGCUCAGCACCCAGAGAUGGAUUUCUCUAAAGCCAAAUUCAGCUGAGACUUGCUGCUGUUGAGUCCACAUUACUGUUUAUGUGCAUCCAAUUAGAGUCAGUGUCAGGAACCAACUAAGCUUCAUCUCUACUCUCCAUACUGGUGACCAUCAUGUCUUAAGUGCAUAGGUUUAUGUUUUUCUUAUCUUUAUUAGAAGGUUGAUGACUGAAAUGUCCACAUUCUCCCUUUGCAUGUUGUCUCAAUGUUCAAAAGAUGUCUGGAUUCUUUUGUUGUUUUUUAAUAAAGAAAUUUAAAAUUAAA